CUGAGAUGUGAACGUGCUAGGGACCUGAUGAGAAAAGAUAGGCAGGAGGCAGGAGAGCGGGAAAAACAGGUCUGUCUUGUCUUCUUCAAGGUGGUCAUCUGGGCGUCGACGCGUCAGCGAACCUGUCUGGGAGGAGCCACCAGUCAAAAGGGCUGUAUUGACAUGAGAGAGGGUGUGUGUGUCAGUGUGCUCGAGACGAAUCGGGUGCCACAAGAGACCAAAGACGGCACGCUGCAGGGCUCGAGCAAGACAAGCAGCUCAGCAGGGAUGUUGGCCCAGCUGAUUUCCCAGAUGCAAACCAAUGCCGACCAGGUGGAGAAAGACAUCCUCCGGUCAGAACAGCUGCUGGCGGUGGACGCCGAGAACGACAAGAAAGAACAGCCCUUCGUGCAUCAGGACGAAAUCAAAAAGAAGCUGAGUGAGGCCGAGGGCCUGCUGGAGACCCUCUUCCUGGAUGUGGGCAAGGCCAAGAAUCUCAAACACCCACAGGCCAAUGAGAUAGAGAACGAUGUCAUCCACCUCCACGAGCGCUGGUUGAAGGAUUGUGUCUUCUACCGAGACAUCUACGAGCAGAUCGACGACGUGUCGCUGAUGCCCAGAAUCGACUGGGGACCUGUUUUGAAUCAAAAGCAAAAAGAAGUGAACAUAGAAGAGUACGGCCCGUCGAUGGCAGACCUGGAGAAGCAGAUCGCUGCUCACAACAUCCUGCACAAAGAGAUCGAGGCCUACAACUCGCAGCUCUGCGUGAGCUCUGCUGGCAGCAAGGACAACUCCAAGUGGCGCCGACACUACUUGAACAGCCUCUACGAAUACAUGCAGGGCUGCAACAAAGAACUGUCCUUCCUCAGAGAAGAACAAGACAAGAUCAAGAAGCAGGACUGGAGCGAUCGUAUGGUGGACCCACCGGAUGUCCGCAGGCAGUAUGAGAAUUUCAAGAACAACAGUCUGUUGUCCCACGAGACCGAAGUGAACAAACUUCAGGAUGAGGGUGACAGGCUCGUCGAGAUGAAGCAUCCUGCCAGCUCUACAAUAGAGUAUCAAAUGGACACUGAGCAGCUGUCAGAGACUCUGACCAAACUCAACAACAACUUGGACCCCAAGGCUAUCAGUAAGAAGAGCAACUCCGAGACACUGCUGCAACUUGAGGCUGACGAGAGGACUGUAGACAACUGUGAACAACUGUUGGCCGACUUAAGAAGACGGAGCACCAGCAUUGCUCCUCUGAAAAUGCGAAGGAGUGCCCCUACCAGAUCCACUACCAUAGAGUCCCUGUGUGACUGGGAAACAGAAAGGGCUUCUUUGUCAAGAGGGGAGAAGUUUACCUUGAAAUCAAACUCAGACGUUGAGAACUGGGAUAUUAUGUUCGCUGAUGGUACAGCAAAGACCUUCCCAGGAGUUUGCUUCCAAAUCCCGCCUCCUGACCCCGAUGCAAUUGAUAAAGUGGAUUUUUUGGGUGGUGAACUAGCAGACAUCAAGAAGAAACGAGCAGCCUUGGCAGCCUCCCUGAAAAAUCACAAAUCAGAUAUCAACAGAGUCCAAAAGCAAGGUUCCCCAGUGUCCUCCUCUCCACCUGACCCAAAAGUGGCAGCCCUUGCUCAGCAGCUAGACAAACUUGACAGUGAUCUCACAAAUACUGAGGAGAAGAUGCUGAGCCGCCUGCGAACCCCGCUGAGCCGAACAGAUCCAAUUGAAGAUCUGGCCAAGAGGAUGAAUGAGCAGCAGUCCCAGCGGAAGUCUGUUGCAGCAGCUCAGGAUGACAUGAAGAAGUUGAGUCAGGAUCUGGAGGCGACAGAGCAGCUGUGCAGCUCUUUGCAGCAGGGCUACCAGGAGUACUGCCCUGACAUCCAGCGUCAGAGGAAAGAUGUCAAGCAGCUGCAGACUCGAUAUACAAAUAUUGCCAAUCAGCUGAAGGAGAGGGAUCAUAUCUUGCAAGAUACUUCAACUAAGAACCAAGAGUUCCAGAGCACAUGCAAAUCCCUUAACUCCUUUCUGGACAACUUGCCAACAAAUCAGAUAAAUUCCAGUGAUGAUUUGUCUCAGGUCUCUUCUAAGCAGAACUCCCAAGAGAGAGUGGUGGAUGACCUAAAACGGAAGGAGGAUGACAUGGAUAGAGUGGCUGUCCUCUCUCAGGAUCUACAGAAUCUACUCAAUGAGUACGGGACUAACGUUGACAAGUACAACAGUACCCUUGAGGAUUCUGGUGCCUCUGUUCCAAAGAAAUCUACAAUGCCCACACUUUCUGAUGCUGUCCAAAAAACGGAAAAAGAUCUGGUGAACCGUUAUGCUGAGGCUACCGCUGAAAACACCCAACGGCAAAAACAGAUGGGCUUGGCUAAGAGUUUGAUUUUACAAAAUGAAGAGAAAGUUCAAAUGGUGGCACAGCAACAAGUGCAGGUUGAAAGUCAGCAAAGGAGUGCUUCUGAGGUAGAUGGCCUGAUGAAAGAGUUGGACGAAGAGAGAGAGAGAAGGGCUCACUCAGAAACAAAUCUGAAGACAUUCAAAGACAGGAUGAUGUCUCUGAAGAGUCGCAGAGGAGUGGAGCGGGUCGAGGAAAAAGAAGUACUGCAGUACUACCGGGAUCCAAAACUGGAAAAUGAUUUGGCUGAGCUGAGUAAAACACUACAUGAUGAGACCUUGAGACACAUUCCUGCCAAAGCUGAGAUUGAGACCAUAAACAAGAAAAUAAUUGUCCUGGAGGACACCCUAAAAACCACACCACCUAAACUGCUAACCAGAGAGGUAACAGAAUUUGAAAGCGAUCCCCAGUUGGAUGUGGAGGCUGCGAAGAUGAGAGAUGAAAUAGGAAGGAUGAGAGAUGAAAUUCGAGUGAAAGAUGGAGAGCAGAUUCAGAUGAAGACAGAAGUCACGAUUCUUCAGCAGAAGCAGCCACCCAUCAAAAACAGAGUAGUUGAGAAGGAGGUUAUUCAAGUCAAGCAGGAUCCAGAAAUGCUGAGGGCAAUGCAAACAUUUGAGACAGACAUAUCUGAUGAGGGCAACAAGAGCAAAAUUCUUAAUGAUGAAAUAUUCCAGACAAGGAGUCAGAUUAAUGCACUUGAAAGGCUGAUUCCCAAUAUCCCGCCUAAGAUUGUCACUAAAGAGGUGAAAACUAUUGAACAAGACCCUGAACUCAUAACAGCUUCUAAGAGUAUCCAAACAAACCUGGAACAAGAGAGAACGGAAAACAAUUCUUUGUCUCAAGAAUUGAUGCAACUCCACAGCCGCUACAGAGAAGUUCAAGACUGGAAACCAAGAGUAGAGGUGAAAGAAAUAGUUAAUGAAAUCUACCGCAUAGACCCAAAUACAGAGGUGGAAAUAAUGCGCAUCCGCAAAGAUAUACAGGACACCAAUAGACACCGUGCUGAUCUUGACAAUGAAAUCACCCAAGUUACCACUGAUCUCAACAUCCUUCGUUCUGAGAAGCCCAAAGUGGAACUAAAGGAAGUUCUCCAAGAGGUGGUUAAAGAAGAAAGAAGCCCUGAAAAUGAGCGAGAGAUACAGAGAUUAAAUGAUCAGGUGAACUACUUACACACCCAAUACAACUCUCUCGAGGACAAAGUCCGACUGCUCCGGAAAGAAAGAGACGAACUGAAGGCAGAAAAAUCCAAGGUAGAAACCAAACUCGUGACCAGAGAAGUCAUAAAGUAUGAGCCGGAUCCGCUUUUCGAGAAGGAAGCUGACCGCUUACGAAGGGAUGUUCGGGAAGAAGCACAGCUGCGACGCAACAUUGAAGAGAUGGUGUUUGACCUUCAAAACAAAUACAUCCUCUUGGAGAGACAAAAGCCCGAGGAGAAAAUUGUUAUGCAGGAGGUUGUACGCCUACAAAAAGACCCAAGGCAAUUGAUGGACCAUGAGAAACUUGGCAGGAAACUUGAUGAAGAAGUAAAGAGCCGACGUCAGGUGGAGCUAGAAUUGCAACAAUUAAGAUCAAAGGUGGAAGACAAAGAAAGGACCGCAAGAGAGUGCGAUGAGCACCAAAAGAGAAUUCAAGCAGAGUCUAAACUCAGAGAGAUCCGCCUUCGCAUUACACAGUUGGAAAACGCUCCACCUCCUGUCGAAGAGAGCAUAGUCGUCGAGGAGGUUCUAAAAGUCGAGAGAGACCCGAGGCUGGAGAGGAUGACAAAUAGCUUGCGGUCGGACAUGGACAAAGAAACCAGUGACAUGCUGCGUCUCCAGAGAGACAUCCGCAACAUCAAAGCAAAGGUUGAGAUCUUGCAGAAGGAGAAGUCUUGUGAAAAGACAGUGUACAAGGAGGUAGUCCGUGUUGAGAAAGACCAGGCUGUUGAAGCAGAGAGAGAUCGUCUGAGGGAGCAGGUGUCUGAGAACAAAUUUGCCAGACAAGACCUGGAGGAUCAAAUCAGACGUCUUAAUGAUAAAAUCAACCUGCUCACAAAUACCAAAUCUAACUCAUCCAGGGAGGAGACAAUGCUAACAGUACAGAGAGAUGCCUUAAUGCGGGAGAAGGAUGACCUCACUCGAGAACUCAGAACACUUGACGGUAAAAGACAUGACAUCAGCCUUUCAUUCCAGCAACAGACCCGACUAAUGAGCGAAAGAACCCAAAUGAGCAGGCAAAGGAGUAUUAAGAUGGAGUCAGAUAUGCAGAAACUGGAAAGGAACAUCUUGGAUGAAAAAGACAAGAUUCAUCAGCGAGACAGUACUAUCCGUGAACUUGUGUUGAACCUUCAGAAAGAGGAGCAGGCAGAGACAAGAACCAAAGAGACCAAUGUCUCCACCAGAAUUUCCAUUUUGGAUCCAGAUACCGGCAAAGACAUGUCUCCUUAUGAUGCAUACUUGCAGGGCUUGAUUGAUCGCCAGCAGUACAUUCAUCUGCAGGAGCUUGAGUGCGAUUGGGAGGAAAUUACCUCAGUGGGACCUGAUGGGGAGACUUCUGUCCUGCAGGAUCGCAAAAGUGGAAAGCAAUACCCAAUCAAAGAUGCUCUAAAAGAAGGACGGUUAACAGAGUACGAUCUACAACAGUACAAGAAAGGCAAGAUUCCCAUCUCAGAAUUUGCCCUGCUGGUAGCAGGUGACACCAAGACGCAGCCCCAGUUAAACUCAAUCAUUCCAAAGUCCACCACAACAGUCAAUUCUGGCCUAGACCCUUCCGCUACAUAUCCGAUUGCAGGAAUCAUGGAUAUGCACACUGACACCAGCUUUACAAUACGUAGUGCCACCCUGCGCAGACUGAUCGAUUCCACAACUGCUCAAAGGCUUCUUGAAGCUCAGGCAGCAACAGGGGGCAUCGUUGACCCCACCAACAAUAAGAGAUACACAGUUCACCAAGCAACAAAUAGAGGCCUCGUUGAUGACAGUCAACUCCAGCGUUUGCUUAAUGCGCAAAAGGCUUUCACUGGAAUCGAAGACCCUAUGACGAGAGAGUGUUUGUCUGUAGGAGAAGCUGUUCAAAAAGGCUGGAUGCCAAAGGACAGUGCCAUUCGCUACAUGGAGGCGCAGCACCUGACUGGAGGCCUGGUAAUUCCCAACACUGAUCGCAGAUUAAGCAUCAUAGAUGCUUUUAGCUCCAAAAUGAUCGACAGCACAACGAUGAGAGAACUACAAUCCGAGACGACUUACAUCAAGGAUAUUGUAGACCCAAUCACAAAAGAGAAGAUCAACUACAAACAAGCUCUGGAUCGCUAGUCAUUGGUGUUCAAAGACCCAGAUUUCGAUGAGGAAGAUCCAAACUUUCUGUCCCGCAGUGAGCGCUAUGACCAGGCUGUUCGGAAAAGUGCCCAAAUGAUCCUGAAACUUAGAGAGUUUGGCAUUGCAGACCCAGAAGAGAUCUAUCAUUACAAGAGUUGCGUGCACCCGGACAGGCCAUCGCCCUUGGAUCUCCAUUUGGCGAUGUUCCUGCCAACUCUGCUCAACCAGGCCACCCCUGAGCAAAUGGAACGCUUCUUCAUGCCUGCUUGGAACCUUGAGAUCAUCGGAACCUACGCUCAGACUGAGAUGGGCCACGGCACCCAUCUCAGAGGUUUGGAGACAACAGCCACUUAUGAUCCAGCUACACAGCAUUUUGUCAUGAACAGCCCCACCGUCACCUCCAUUAAAUGGUGGCCGGGAGGACUUGGAAAGUCCUCAAACCAUGCCAUAGUUUUAGCCCAGCUGUACACUCUAGGGAAUUGUCAUGGUCUUCAUGCCUUCAUCGUUCCCAUCCGUGAUAUGGUCACACAUGAACCCCUGCCAGGAAUCGUAGUUGGUGAUAUUGGACCCAAGUUUGGCUUUAAUGAGGUUGACAAUGGAUUCCUGAAAUUGGAAAAUGUUCGAAUUCCUCGGGACAACAUGCUGAUGAAAUAUGCUAAGGUGGAGCCAGAUGGGACGUAUUUGAAACCACCAAGCGCUAAGCUGACCUAUGGCACCAUGGUGUUUGUCCGCUCCAUGAUCGUGGGGGAGUCAGCCCGGGCCCUUGCAAAGUCCUGCACUAUAGCCAUCCGCUACAGCGCUGUCCGGCACCAGUCUGAAAUCCGACCGGGGGAGCCAGAGCCUCAGAUCCUUGAAUAUCAGACACAGCAGUACAAGCUGUUCCCACUGUUAGCUAUGGCCUAUGCCUUCACUUUUGUUGGCCAGUACAUGACAAAGAUCUACCAUCGCAUCUCUGGAGACAUCAACCAGGGGGAUUUCAGCGAGCUGCCCGAGCUUCAUGCCCUGUCUGCUGGCCUGAAGGCCUUCACCACCUGGGAGACCAACUCUGGUAUAGAAGUGUGCCGCAUGUCCUGUGGUGGCCACGGUUACUCUCGAAGCAGUGCCUUACCAGACAUUUAUGUGGAGUUUACCCCGACCUGCACCUAUGAGGGAGAGAACACCGUCAUGAUGCUGCAAACUGCCAGAUACCUGGUGAAGAGCUACCGGCAGGCUAAGGAGGGCCAACAGCUCAGCGGCAUCGUGUCAUACCUGAAUGAGUCACAGCAUCGUAGGUUACAGCCGCAGGCGGUCGCUGCCAGACCAACUGUUGUCGACAUCAAUGACCUGAACAGCCUGGUGGAGGUCUACAAACUGCGUGCUGCCAUUCUUGUAGAAAUGGCAGCAAAGAGCAUCCAGCAGGAGUUGCAGCGUAGGAAGAGCCAGGAGGAUGCCUGGAACAGCAGUGCAAUCGACCUGGUCAGAGCCUCAGACGCCCAUUGUCACUAUGUUGUUGUGAAGGUAUUUGCUGAAAAACUUGGGGAGAUCAGUGACACAGCAAUACACUCGGUUUUGUCUACUUUGACUCUGCUCUACACGAUGAAUGGCAUUGCAAAAAACUCUGGAGACUUCCUACAGGCUGGGUUGCUGAGCGUGCCUCAGGUGCUUCAGGUUUCAAUUCGUAUCAAAGAACUGCUGUCUCAGCUGAGGCCCAACGCCGUCGCACUGGUCGAUGCCUUCGACAUCCACGACAAGAAGCUCAAUUCAGUUCUGGGCCGAUACGACGGAAAUGUCUAUGAGGAGAUGUUCGAAUGGGCUCGACGCUCACCUCUUAAUGCCACAGAGGUCCAUGAAUCCUUCCACAAGUACCUGAAGCCUCUGCGGUCCAAGCUGUGAGCUCAUCAGCAGAUCAUAGCUGCUGCCUGAAAACCUUCACCCUACAUAAAAAAGGAACCAGCACAAGUUCCAUACUAGUAAACUAACAAAAACCUAUGAUGGUUUUCGCUCGGUAGGAGCUGGUAUUCACCAGUUUGAGUCCUUACAUUUGUCUCUCUGGCAGUAAAAUUGAACAUCAUGCACAAUCACAUUCUCAAUUUUUAUGCUUUGUUGUUGUUGCUUUUCUCUCUUACGCACACAUGCUUAGACGUCUUUCAGUGACUAUAAGGUUAUUCAAAUUUCCGAAAUAGCAGUGAGUUUAUUAACAUCAAAAUUGCAUUAUACCUCUGACAAACCGUGUUAUUUCUCAUCCAGACAUGCUAACAGUUAUUAUUAAUAACUUUACGUUGUAAGUGACAUUUAUCUAACACGUUGAACAUCAAGGAGAUACUCACAAUUUGGGAAAAUAGGAAAGUUAAUCACAAUUUGGGGAAAUAGGAAUGUUAAGUUGACGUAUGUUAUUUACUGACAGAGCAACAGUUGCACUGGAGGAGUUUCACAUUUACAUUUGACAUUUAGCCUUUUAGCAUCAAACACUGUGUUUGUUUGUUUUUUACAGUGAUCUGUUUGAGUCUCUUUACAAGUGUCUGAUGUUAUCAUGAGACAGCAUUCCAUUAUUAGAGGCUGGGGUCAGUGGGCAGUUGAAUGUUCUGAGGCAGUCAUUUUUCAACGAUCUAACAUUCAGUACUUGGAAAGUUCUCCUGAACAAGUGACCUGGCACUUGUUCACUGUUAAAUCAUCGGUCAAUCAUGCAUUUUGAGGCAGAAAGCUUUCUGUAGUCUGUUUUUUUAAUUUUUUUAAUAGAUGUGUAACUUGUCAAAAACUGUGAGGACAAGCGACAUUAACUUGGGGUGUUUUAGAAGCAAUGGUUGAGGACUGUGUAUUACUGUUAUUUCCUCCCUACCUCGUGGGGUUGACGUAUUUACAUGGGUAGCAUCCCAGUCAACUUCUGGAUGCGUUCUGCUUUUGUGGCUGUUUUUUAAAUGUUGCACAUUUCACAGUGCAAACUUCAACCAUUCUUAAUAUGACGUGAUUUGCCUAGUGCUGAAAGUUACGGCAGUAGACAUAUCAGAUAAUCUGUACAAUUCUGUAAACUGCGUACUUUUUGUUAGAUUACUGUUCAUCUAUUUUUGUCAUCACAGUUUUAAACAGUAACAAAAACUGAGUUGUCUAACAGAAACAUGAAAUUGUCACGGAGUAGUCGGAGAAAUCUUAAUGAAUGUAAGUAGGAAACAAAAUUACUCAUAUUUUGUUGAAAGGGGAGCUUCAUUUGACAGCCUUAUUGCAACCCUUUUAAAAAUGUGUUAAAUAUGUGCCAGAGGAAGCUUUUUCUUUUUCACCCGUUAAUCUUGUGAACAGAAUGUUCUUUCGCAACAGUACAAGUUGUUUUCCCAUAUUUUCAGUUGAAUGCACACUAAUUAUCAUUCUUUAAUGACUAAACUGUGUGUGGAAUAUCUUUGCACAUUUUAUUGAAUACUGGUUUUUAGAAACAUGGAUUUUAAUGUUUGGUAAAUAAAUUUAAAGUGCAAUCUAUUGAUUAAAGAAAGUGUUUUUGAUCCUGUACUUCUAUCCUAAAUUCAAUUUGAAGCCUUUGAAAUAAAAAGUCUGAUUUGCAAAAUGUGUUGGUAAUUUUAAUCAAAAAAAAAAAACUGAACUUGGAUACAG